AUGUCUGGAAAUGGCUACGAAAUGGAAACUCAUCGAGCCCCGCUCCUCGAGUCCAACCAGUACGCAGGUGGGCACCAAGCGAUGGAGCUCCAAGAGUUUCUCAACGAGGUUACUGGUAUCCGCAAUUUAAUCUCGACCUUCAGACAGAAUGUCUUGAACAUCUCGUCUCUGCACAACCAGAGCUUGCAGUCAUACGACCACGGAUCAACCACCGGCUCAUCAGGACAAUUGGAAGCGCUGGUUGCAGAUACCUCUAUCUUGACGAAACAGCUUCGCGAUGGAAUAAAGUACCUGGAGCGAGAUACUUUGAUGAGUGAUUAUUCGGCACAGUCUACAAAGGGUGCGCAGACAGAGAAGUUGAAGUCUGAUUUCGACAAGGAAUUGAAAGCGUAUCAACAGGUUGAAAACCAAUUUCGGACACGGUAUAGAGAACAAAUGAGCCGACAAUACCGUAUUGUGAAUCCCGAAGCCACGGACGCAGAAGUUGAGCAACUUGUUGAAAGUGGUGAAACACAGAUCUUCAGUCAAGCUCUUCUCUCGAGCGGAAGAAGCCGAGAAGCAAACUCAGUCAAUGCAGCCGUAAAAGCUCGUCAGCAGGAGAUCCAACGUAUUGAGACCACACUUAUCGAGCUUUUAGCACUGUUCGAACAAAUGGCCGAGCAAGUAGUCCUCGAUGAGCCAAAGUUCCAACAGAUCGAAGACAACGCGGUAAAAGUUGAAGAAGACGUGCACCAUGCAGCCAACCAUUUAGAAACCGGAGUUGUGAGCGCGAAGGCAGCCAGAAAGAAGAAGUGGAUGUGUCUCGGCCUUGGUGUCACCAUUGUCGUUGUCAUUGUUAUCAUCGUUGUGGUGGUAGUCGUGGUAAAGAAUGGUGGAGUUGGUGGAGGCAACAACAAUAACAACAACAAAUCAACCGAGACUGUUACUGCUACUACUACUGCCCCUGCGGCCGCAACAUCUACUGCGGCAACCUAA